ACUCCGUUUUGCCUGGUCUGCGCAGUCCCCAUCCCCUCCCCAAAAAAGAGGCGGCGGCGGCCCAAACGCCGUGGUGGAAGGCAGGGGCCGCGCGGUGUCCUUGCCGGGCAGAGCAAGCCCGAGCGCGUGCUCAAGCUGCUGGAGCGGGGCCCGUUCCUGGAGGAGGAGCGCGAGCGGGCGCGCGAGAUCAAGGGCUUCGGCAGCUUCAACCUCAGCAGCGCCUCGCGCGCCGUCGCGCAGCCGCCAGGUGACGACGGCGGCCGCGGGUACGGCCGGAGCAACUCGCAGUACGAGGAACGGUGGCAGCGCGACGACGGCGGGCGCGGCUACGGCCGGAGCAACUCGCGGUUCGAGGAGCGGUACGGCGAGAGGACGGCGAUGAGGGUGACAAGGAAAACCUGGUGACAAGGCCGGAGCUGCCGCGGUUGGCACGGGAAGUGGAGGCGGAGGAGCCGCACCACCACCACCCGUUCCACAGGUUCGGGCAGCAACCGCCAGAGGCGUUGCUGCUCCUGAGCCAGUGAAACGAACCGUGCGCAAGAACUAGCCUUUCUCACUUCUGUCAGUAGUUUGCUGGCACUGCUGAAACGAACCGUAAUGCUUGGGCACUCUCAAGUCUGUCUGAACUACUCCUAGAUGUUUAUGCUCUCAUGGUUCCUGUUCGGCAUGGCGUGCUUCGCCAUGAAUCGCUCUCCAGCCUUGUAAAUUUCUACCCUUCCAGUCAGCUCUGAUGCUGUGAUGUACUACUAGAGAACAUACGAACAAGUCUCAAGCUUGUGGCAAAGCUCUAAUUUGUGUGAGAUUACGAAGAUCUAAUUGGUCAGCAA